UCUCCUGUAGAUCGAGGCUUUCCCUCUUUGUUCGCUCCAACAUGGAUGUCGGAGUGACCCCGAGACGGCACAACCCAGUGGACAGCAUCUGCCGCAAGCUGCAGACCAUCCAGCGGCGAGAUCAAGAGGUUAACUCGCUCUUUCAGAUCCCAAAAUUCCAGUCCAGCAGCUACGACAGCCCUCACUCGGGUCUGCACAUCAACCUGGAGGCCAUCCUGAAGAAGCGUACCGUCCGAACUGACGGAGGCUCUGACCGCAAUUCCUCUGAGAGCAUGUUGACCCCCACAGCUUCCCCGGGACCGGGGUCUGUCCCCAACACCCCUCGUGCUCCAAUCACACCUGGCAAUGCCACCUAUACCAUCACCAGCAUGCUGGGCACGUUAGGGGAGAGGAGAAAUACAACAACGUACAGUCGGCCGUUUCAGCAUAACUGCUCCACCCCAGCAGCCCAGACUGGGGACAAUUAUUUUAACUUUACCCCACGCUACUCCACACAAAACCUGCUGGAGGGGCCUGACACAGAGGUGAAGACCUCAAAGAUCCCAGCUCCUGGCUUGUUUUCGUAUAACCUGAACUUCUCCUCAGAUAUUUCUAACAUGGACACUGAACUCGCCUACCCGGCCCUCGUGGUCAAGAGACUUUCACUGGGCGAGGGAUCUCUGUUUCCCUCCGAGCCCAAGAAGGAGAGCAUGGCUGAGGUCAGUCUGAUUUAUGAGGAAGACCUGUUGGACACUAUUUUUCAGGCCUGUGACACACAGUGCAGAGGUAAAGUUUAUGUAUCGGACAUUGUGGACUUCUUGAGACACACCACUUGCCGCAGUUCAGAGGACAGCGGCCUAGAGGAGCUCUGCAAUAUGCUGGACCCAGAGCACAAGGACAUCUCCAUAGACCUGGACACGUACCAUGCCAUCAUGAAGGAGUGGAUCGAUGAUUGCCGCAACCAGGGGAAGGACUCAAAGAAUGAAACCCAACAGGAAUCAUUCAAACUACGGGACAGUUUAUCGGCAAGAAGAUCCGCUCUACUAAAUAUGACCUCAGGUAGUCUUGAAGCAUUCGGAGGGGAAGCCUCCAGAGCUGACCUGAAGACAUCAGAUCUGGUCUUCUGUGUGGCAGAUCUGCAGCUAAAUAACCAAAAGCUGCAGGAGGAAGUUCGUAAACUGAAGCAGGCAGUGGAAAACAUGGAAGACACCAACCAGAAACUCAUCGAGGAAAAUGAAGAGCUCAAAGCACAAGCUAAAAUGGGGCAGCAGUUAUUACAGAAGGAGAAGAUGCUUAAAGAGGAAGUUGAGGAGAUGAAGCUAAGCCUGACCUCUUCAGAAGAGAGUCGAGCUCAGGCCUCAGCUCAAAGAAAGCAGAUGGAACGGGAAAACCAGAGUCUUGUAUCCAAAAUUGCUGCACUACAAGAGGAGAACAUGAAAGUCACACUGGAGGCAGAAGAGCUUCAGAAAAAGAUCAGUGACCACCGUGACCUUAAUGCUGACCUUCAGGUCCAAGUUCAUUCAUUUGAUGCCAUUCUGGCUGACAAGGAGUCGAUAAUUCAGGAGAAAAAUAAACAGAUAGAUGAACUGAAGGUGGCCAUUGUGGAGUAUUCCUCAGUUACAGAGCUGUUGAGAGCAGACAAGAACAAACUGGAGAGUCAAAUGCAGAUGAUGCAGCCUGAUAUGACAAUCCCAGGUCUCUCUCUUUCUGUGGCCUACAGACUAAAUCAGAUGAGUUCAGGCUCUCUUCAGACAGAGUUGGCACUGGCACAGAAUCCCCUGGAGGGUUUGGAGCAUCUGUCGUCCUCUGUUUGUUUUGCAUCUUCUCUGGAUGUGACUCUAGAUCGUGAGGUUCUUCUGCUCCUCCAAGGCCCGACUCCAGAGCAGCUCUCUCUAGAGUAUAAAUCUCUGAUCAGCAGACUGAAAAGGGAGUUUAAGGAAGACUGCAUGACCUGUCUCACAGCAUUCAGAGGUCUUACAGAGCACAUUGAAACGAAGGAGGUCAACACUGACCUCAAGAUACAGGGCCUGGAGGUGCAGCUCGAGCAGAGGAGGAGUGACUGGACCCACAGUCUGGAGCAGUUGGACCAGUACACAGACUCUCUGGAGAGGGAGCUUCUAAAGAUGGCUAGCAACAUGCGACGUUCUCGUACUGAGAUUUUGCAGCUGUCUGUCAAGGUACAAGAGCAGGAGAAUCAGAAGGAGCAGUUGCAAGAGGAACUUGACCGACUAAAGGCUCCGCUGGACAACAGAGAGGCCAGCAGCCAAACACCGGAUCACCUACAGCAGGUUGUGGAAGAGCUGGAUGGCCCCUCUCUUGAAUGGGAUGAGGAAUAUGUGUUGUCUGAGUCUCCACCUUUACAAGAGCUCGGGCCUGACCAGGAGAUGCUUCAGGAGCUCUGUUGUGAUGAAGAAGAACUACAGGCCCUGAAACAGGAGGAAGAGGAGGAGGUGGAACACACAGAGACUGUGGAGGACAAGGAGAAGAUAACGGAAAGGGCUGAGGGAGAAGAAACUCUGUUUGUGGGUGAGAGAGGAACGCAGAGGCCUUUUACAUCUCUGAAGGAGGAAGACAGACUCCCAGAGUGCACUGGGCCUGAGGACGCCCACGAGCAGGCUGCUCCUCUGCCUCACACCCACAGUCAGUGUGCUGAUGAUACAUCUGUGAGCUCCGAGACGCCCCAUGAACAGGUGACCUCAGUCAAAGACCUUAUUUCAUCUACUGAACCUUCCUCCCUUGUGACCUCCGAGAUGGUAUCUCCCUCAUCGGGCCAGCCUGAAGUUGGUGAUUCUAAUACAGGAAGGUUCAAAAAACGCAGACUGAGUGAGGGACAGCUUUCUAAAGUGUCUGCAAAAUCGGACAAGAGUCUCUUGCUGCCAUUAGCAGAGGAAGAGGAGGCCAUGCUAGAGGCGGCGGAGGUGAUAUCAACUGGGGUGAACUCACCAGACAAAUCAGACAGCAAAAGGACAGUGGUCACAUCUGAUUCAAACUCAGCAGCCUCAGCUGACUCAUUGAAGGAUGCUUCUGAAAAAGCGAAGGACAUGACCUUUGACCCCACAGUCAGUGAGGGUAGUAAUCUUCCAACAAUCUCUGCUGUGCAAGGCUCCAAAAAAGACCCUCUGACUCUGAGGAACAAGCUCAAGAAGGAAAUGAGCAGUAUGGAAGCCAUUGUGGAGCAAAAAGCUCAGGAGGAUGGCGAGCCUUCAGUGGCCACAGAAAAAGAAGGUGACACAUCUGUCAUCUCUGAAAAUGCCAGCGAUUCCACCAAAGAUGACAAGAACAGCCUGUCACCAAGUGACAAAGAGAUAGAGGCGGAGUUCCACCGGCUCUCUCUGGGAUUCAAAUGUGACGUGUUCACCCUGGAGAAGAGGCUACGCCUGGAGGAGCGUUCACGAGACCUGGCUGAGGAGAACGUCCGGAAGGAAGUGAACAGUUGUAAAGGUCUGCUGCAGGCCCUGAUUCCACGGUGUGAGGAAGAUAACCAGUCCAUGGAGAUGAUCCAUCGUCUGCAGAAGAACCUGGAAGUCCUCAUCCAAUCCAUGACCAGAGUGUCCAGCCGUUCAGAGAUGCUCGGGGCCAUUCAUCAGGAGACCAGAGUGGGUAAAACUGUGGAGGUGAUGAUUCAACAUGUGGAGAACUUGAGGAGGAUGUACACCAAAGAGCACGCAGAGCUGUUGGAGCUCAGGGAGAACCUCACGCCGAAUGAGAGGUCUUUUGGGUCCCACACUGAGAGGGAUGAUUUUAGAAACAAGAAGCAGUCAACCGCAAACAUUUUCAAAACCACUAGCCGACGCAUCAGUAUAGCUACCAUUCCCCGCAGCAGUGGAGGACAGACCCAUUUUGACAUGCCCAAAGACAUGGCAGAAACUGAGGUAGAGAGACUCUCCCGCCGAUCACCAUGGAACAUGGCAGCCAAGAGGCCACCACUAAAGCGCUUCAUUAGCUCUGGUACUUGGGCCGACAUAGAUGAGCCCACUCUGAUGAAUAGGUAUGGAUAUGACACAGACUCUCACUCAGAGAAGGAGCAGAAAGAGGAACCAGAGGAAAGAAGGACUAGCAUAACAGAACUAGGCAUCAAAAUCACCUCCUUCAUAAUGCCAAAUAAGACGUUAGUUCCCAGCCCAACAGAUCACGCUCCACCCAGUCUGAUGGAGGGGAGGCCUGCAAUGUCCAGAGGCACCAGGGGUAUAUGGAUUUGGGUGGCCUUGCUUGUAGUUCUAGCUGUUCUACUGGCUCUGUUGGCCAGCCUGAUGUUACAGCCUGCAGUAGAUGCAGCACCUGUGGGCACCGGAGACUCCUGGAUGACCAUCCAGCAGCUUCUGUGGCCCUAUACUGGGCUGAGGCACAACGGCCAGCCCCCUGUGUGACACCAGGGGGUUCGGCAAGGCUGCAGUGGCUGGUCCUGACAUUCAGAAAAAACUCCGGCUACAAGAACUGUGAUGCAACACUGCCGCCUGUCUUUCUAAAAGAACACUUUGUGACCAUUUCUUACCAAAGGUAAAAAGAAAAGUGGGCGUCUCGAGAGAGAUGUGCUGAAAAAUGCAGACUGCUUGGAUGCUGUGUACGCAAACCGUAGUGUUGGCCAUGUAUAUAAUAAGCACUUUUAUGAGACCGUCAGUGCCAGCAAGUCACAAGGUGGAUAUUUGGAUAGGAGUGAGAUGAGCAGACUGCAACAACGUGAAUGUGAAAUAUUAUAUAUCGGUUGCCCGAAAAGGCUGCCUUUUUAAACAUUUUGUAAUUGAUCAGUGUAUUUUUAUGGGCAGUUUGAAAAAGUAAGAUGAAACAUUUUUAAAAAUAUAUUUUUUCUUUUUGUUAACUUAUUAUUUUACUGUUUUAUGCAGUAGAGUUUUUUCAAUAUUAUUAAUUGUUACAAACACAUGGUUUUUAAUCCUCAUAAAGCUGUUGGUUUGGUGUUCACUGUAAAAAGUUCAUAUACUUUUGUAUGUUCCAAAGAGGGGGGAGAGAAACUUUGCACAAUAAAAGAAACUGAUCCAACUAAUCUCAUUAU